AUGGGAGACCUUAUGAAAAGACAGUUCAGCAUCUUAGAUUUAUCUGGAAAGAAAUUUCUGGAAUGGAAAGUGGAUGCAAUGAUGAAUUUGAAAGCUCAAGGUUUGGAGCACACUGUUAAAGAAAAUAAAAGUCUCUCUGGUCAAACAACUGAUGCUACCUCUUCUACAAUGACGGUUGAAAAACCUAUCACUGAACAAGAUAAGGCAAAAGCCUUAGUGUUGUUAAGGCAUCAUUUACAUGAAGGCCUUAAAACUGAGUACAUGAUGGUUGAAGAUCCCAAAGAAUUAUGGGACUGCCUUAAUGAAAGAUUUGGACACCACAAAAGGGAUUUCAAAUCUGUAAUAGAUUACAAUUCAACCAUACAUGAGAUAGUAUCUAUAUUGAGAUACUGUGAUCAUCCAAUCACCGAUGAACAAAUGAUUGAAAAAACACUCACUACCUUUCAUGCAAGCAACAUACUGUUGCAAGAACAAUAUCGUGAAAGAGGUUUUAAGAAGUUUAAUGAAUUAAUGAGUGUAUUGCUUGUUGCGGAACAAAAUAGCGACCUUUUGUUGAAAAAUCAUAAUCUCAGACCAACUGGGUCUUUGGCCACUCAUCAUGAGAAAGGACAGUCAUCUGGAAGCCACAAACAAACUCUUUCAAAAGGAAAAGACACAUGUUACAGAUGUGGCAUUACAGGACAUUGGGGACGUACUUGUCGUACGGCCAAACAUUUGGUAGACCUUUACCAGGCUUCUGUAAAAGGCAAAGAGAAAAAUGCAGAAGCAAAUUAUGUUAAUGAAGAAAAUGCUCCAUGUCCUACCCUUGAUGUGUCCGAUUUCUUCAUGGACAAUGCUGAAACUGGGAAUGAUUUCAUCUUUGGAGAAAAUAACAAUGCUUAA